AUGGUUCUCCUCGCCCGGCGACUUUGCGUGCUGCCGGCGAUGGAGGGCGUGCGCUGGGCCUUUCCCUGCGGCACGUGGCUGCCCAGCCGCGCCGAAUGGCUGCUAGCGGUGCGAUCGAUCCAGCCCGAGGAGAAGGAGCGCAUCGGCCAGUUCGUCUUCGCCCGGGACGCUAAGGCCGCCCUGGCUGGUCGUCUGAUGAUAAGGAAAUUAGUUGCAGAAAAAUUGAAUAUACCUUGGAAUAAUAUUCGUUUGCAAAGAACUGCAAAAGGAAAACCAGUUCUUGCAAAAGACUCACUGAAUCCUUACCCCAAUUUCAACUUUAACAUCUCUCAUCAAGGAGACUAUGCUGUACUUGCUGCAGAACCUGAGCUACAAGUUGGAAUUGAUAUAAUGAAGACUAGUUUUCCAGGUCGUGGUUCGAUUCCAGAAUUUUUUCAUAUUAUGAAAAGAAAGUUUACCAACAAAGAAUGGGAAACAAUCAGAAGCUUUAAGGAUGAAUGGACUCAGCUGGAUAUGUUUUAUAGGAAUUGGGCACUGAAAGAAAGCUUUAUAAAAGCAAUAGGUGUUGGAUUAGGAUUUGAAUUGCAACGGCUUGAAUUCGAUAUAUCCCCGUUAAACCUGGAUAUAGGACAAGUUUAUAAAGAAACACGUUUGUUUUUGGAUGGAGAAGAAGAAAAAGAAUGGGCGUUUGAGGAAAGCAAAAUAGAUGAGCACCAUUUUGUUGCAGUAGCUCUUAGGAAACCCAAUGGAUCUAGACAUCAGAAUGUUACAUCUCAAGAUGAGUCUAAAGCAACCCAGAGGCAGUUUACUAUUCUCACCUUUAAUGAUUUAAUAUCGUCUGCAGUUCCUAUGACCCCUGAAGAUCCUUCGUUUUGGGACUGUUUUUGCUUUACAGAAGAGAUUUCCAUAAGAAAUGGUACAAAGUCAUGA